AUGGAAAACAAGUUGUACUCGCUUGUGAAUUCAUACCUUAAUGAAGAAAUGCACUGUUCAGCACUGGCAUUGUCUGAGUACAUAUAUACACGGGACAAGAGCGAUAUUGCGCUCAUUAUGUUGUUGAGAUCAUUGUAUGCAAUGUGCUGCUAUGAAAGAUGCAUGGAGAUAAUUGAGUUGAAUGAUUCAUUAAUGAAAUACAGUCAUGUUAAGAUAAUCUAUUACAAGUGUAAAUACUCAACUAAAAAGAAGAAUACAGAGUAUGGCCAAAUUGGAAAAGGAAUUGUAGAAAAUGAGAUUGAAGAUAAAAAAUGCAAUGAAAUGCAUGAGAGCUUAAAUAAUCCACUGGUGAAGUACAGUACGGAACACAUAUCAAAAACAAGUGUUUGUUUGCUCUUUGAGGGAUUAACUAAGGAUGAUGUUAGGCGCAAAGAAAUACUAUUGGAAGCAUAUAGAAACGAUAGUUACAAUAUAGAGGCACUUAUAAGAAUGAAGAACGAAGGGAUUAUUGAUAAAAAAGAACUGAAUUAUCUUGUUGAUCAGUGUAAUGAUUUGUUUAUACGUGAUGUGUAUAAAGCAAUAUUCUAUCCUUAUUUUGAACCUGACUUUUAUUCACUUGCUUUUUAUUCUCCAUGGUAUGGGCUAAAAGAAGCAAAGAGAUACUACAAGAGCGGAAAAGAAACAUUGUUAUUCAGUCUAGGUAUAUGCAUGGUGAAAAAGUAUCCAGGCUCAGAGUUUUCAUUCAUAUCUCUAGGACUCUUUUUUCUGAUGACACAGAACUACCAAGAAGCAAGAAGGUGUUUCUAUAAAGCAGUGCAAAUCAAUAGUGAGUAUGGAAGGGGGUGGAUGUACCUUGGUAUGGCAUAUUCAGGAAUGAAAGAAUGCGAGAGUAGUAUUUCUUGUUUGAAAAUUGCGCAUAAAAAGAUGAUAGGCUCUUAUAAGCCAUCGCUCUACCUUGCUGUUGAGUAUCACAGGAUGAAUAACUUUGAAAGAGCGUCUGUUUUCUACAAGCAAGCUUUGAAGAUAAAUCCCGUGAUACAGGUUCAAGAAAGAUACAUUGCGCUUCUGAUAUACUAUGAAUACUACGCAGAGGCUCUAGAACAUCUGCAUGCACAAAGCAAUAACGUCCUCGACUUGUUAAGAGUUUAUUGUAAUCUUUUUCUUGGAAAAGUCAAUGAAGCACAGAAGCAUCUACUUGCCUGUAAAACUGACUGGAAGUACUAUGCAACUGCAGGUUUCAUUGAUCAUUUAACAAACAAGCUGGAGUCUGCAGCAAGCAACUAUAAUAAGGCUCUUCUCAAAAAUCACAUAUCAUUGAUCGAGGAACUUCUUGGAUUGGCCGUCGAGAAUAUAGCGUGUAAACAAAACAAUAAUGUGUAUGACUAUGCCUCAGAUCUUUUUGAUUGCAUCACACCCAAGUGCUCAUUUGAGAUUGUUUAG